AGGCGCAGUCCUGCUACGCGCUUGCCGCUUUGCGCGGGAAUUUUAGAGGUGGCGGUGUCGGGAGGAUGGCUCAGUCUGUGGACCCGGGGAUCGGGGACUGCAGGCGCGGAAGCUUUUGUCCGGACCGAAGGAUUUCCGAAGACUCUCCACCCAAAUUGACUUCAUUGAAUGGUUCUAAGGCAACAAGAGUGCUUGAAGAGAAAGCAGUGGAGCCUAAGACUCAAGAUCAUCAAUUAACAUCAAGCCCUACCUCUCUGAAUAUCUGUACUAUAUCUUCUGCCUUCCCGGAGACUACCAAAGAUGUCUCAAGAAAAAGAAAGAAUUCUGAGAACAGUCCUAAAACAGGAAAAAGUCAAGAUCUCAAGCCCACUUAUAUGGCCCCACAAGAAAAUAACAACUAUCAAAAAGCUAAGCGUCAGUCCUGGCGAAGAGCUAGCAUGAAAGAAACAAACCAUCGGAAGUCACUGCCACCCUUUCACCAGGGUAUCACAGAGCUCAGCAGAUCUAUCAGCAUAGACUUGGCUGAAAGCAAACGCCUUGGCUGUCUCCUUCUUUCCAGUUUUCAGUUCUCUGCUCAGAAACUUGAACCUUUUCUGAGAGACAUUGAUGGCUUCAGUCUUGAUACUUUUAAAGCCAAAGUGUCUUCAAUUUCUGAAGAAUUCAAGAAUUUUACAAAUAGACUUGAAGAUGAUGGGACCUUACAAAAAUGCUCUGAAGAAUCAAAAGGGCAGUCAGCAGAUAGUGCCUUGGAAGCAUCAAUGACAGAGAUAAAAGAAUAUAUAGCCAGGCUUUCUUUGGAGUGUGCAAAUUGGGAUCAACUAUUGCUGCAUCACCAGAAAGUAGCUGAAGAGAUAUCCAGGACUUUAGAGGAAGCCAAAAUUAUUGAUAUAGAACUGGACCCCACUUUGUAUCUACAGUCUUCACAAAGUGAAAUUCUUAGCACAAAACCUGACUACCAGAAAAUAUUAGACAGCCAGAAUGAAGUUUUUAACUGCAUGGAGAUGGUGAUGGAUGAACUACAAGGAUCAGUAAGGCUGUUGCAUUCUUUUAUGGAAGAUACUACGGAAUUCUUCAAGAAGUUGUCAGUGCAACUUGGAAAAAGAACUGCCCAGCAAUUAGAAGUGUCACCAAUUCGAAAACUGCUCAAACCUGAACUAUGCAAACCCUCUUUUGCACUCUAAAACUCUUCUCUGCUAAUGAUCCAGUCUACCUAUAUUUCUUCCAAAUUGUCAUUCAGAUGGAUGAAGAUGAGAAGGUGUUGUGCCUUUUAUGGAAUAUGACUAUAAUAUGGCACUUUUAAAAACAAGCAUCAGCAUUAACUAUUCUGAAUGUUCAUUUAUAACUUUAUCUCCAGUCUUUACACAGACUCCACUGAUUGACGCCAUUUUUCAAGAUAUUUUUGAAAUCUGGAUUGGGAAGAAAUGAUAUUUUUUAUAUUCUCAGUGACAUCAAGUUUAAAAAUGAGGAAUGUUCACAAAAUAAUUACACAGACUUAUAUGGCUCUAAAUGGAAUUCUAAAACUGGAUUAAUGGGCAUCACUUAAGUAGACCUGUGGCCUCCUGAAGAAAUGACUUUGAACUAUAUGUAAAUUUACUUCAGAACUGUUUCUUUAGUCAUCAUAUAUCUAUAUACUUCAUUUUUUAAAUAUUUAUGUUGAGUACCCAGUUUCUCUUCCUCCCAAGUACCCAAAUAUUGGUUUUAUUUUCUAAAAUGAUGUACAAUAAAGAACUGUCUGUGGUUA